AUGUCACAAAAUUCAGCCCUGGUCCCUGUUGCCCUCCUUCGCGAGCCACCAGCCUGGUAUCAUGAAUCAUUACACGCAGCUAACUCACCCCUGGCAGACCAAUCCACAUCUGAGCUUGAUCGUCAGAAACGCGAGCUUUCGGACGUGAUCGUCCAAGUGCUUCGACGAUAUCCCUUUCUUUGCUACUUCCAAGGUUACCAUGACAUCUGCCAGGUUUUCCUCCUCGUCCUACCGGCGCCACUGCGCGCCCCUCUUGUGGCUCGCCUCUCCGCGCUACGCAUCCGAGAUUUCAUGCUACCCAACCUCGCCCCGGCGGUCGCCCAGCUGCGGCUAAUCCCUGACAUCCUACGAGCCGCGGACCCAACCCUCUGGCGCCACCUCUCCCACACAGAGCCCUUCUUUGCGCUCUCGGGUACGCUAACCAUGUACGCGCACGAUGUGCAGUCGCUGGGCGAGAUCGCACGCCUGUUCGACGUGCUGCUGGCCCGCGAGCCCGUCUUCUCCGUCUACAUGUUCGCACAGAUCGUGCUGAACCGCCGCGCCGAGCUCUUCGACACCCCGGAGUCCGAGCCCGAGAUGCUGCACAGCAUUCUUUCCAAGCUACCGCAGCCCCUGGACCUGGACGGCCUGAUUCGCGACACCACCGUGCUGUUCCAGCGCCACCCGCCCGAGAAGCUGCGCGCCUGGAGAGGCAUCUCGAGGAACAGCGUGCUCAAGACUGCAAGGAGCACAGAGGACUGCGCGCGCCAAAGCAUCGAGGAUGGCAGGGAGUUCUUCCGAAAGCAGGUCAUAGAGUUGAGGCUCGCGGAGGCAAGAGACAAGGUCAUGGCGGUAGCCUGGAGGUACAGACGGCCGGCCCGAGCUGUCGGUCUUGCAGUCAUUGUGGGUGUGGUGGCGUACCUGCUACGGCGGUCACCUGCUUCUUGGACCUCUCUUACAUCGUGGCUUUCUCGGUUGAUCGGGCAUUAG